AUGAUGACGGAGCGAGCUGAGGGAACCGCAGUGGCGUCGACACCAAGCGACGCAGUGGACGGUCUGAGCACCGACGAUGUCGCUAGUGGAAAUGCGCUACCAGGUCCUUUGGUUACCGUUUCCAUGCUGAGCAAAACGGGGAAGAAUCGGGUCGAAUAUCGCGGCGAGAAGGGCGAGGUGCUAAGUCUAGGCGAGCUGUGCCUGAACGACCUGUCGGACCUUUAUGUGUUCAAAGUGACGAAUCAGGAGGCACAACCGAUCACGAUCCAGAUGCGCAUGGAGCUUCGCAAGCCUUUCCAAAGCAGUCAGUGGAGCUUCCAGCUCGAGAACGAGAACAUCAGCAUCAUGCGGCGCGAGCUCGAGCAGGAAAAAGAGCGGACCGUGGCUACAGACGAGUUUGAGCACGUGCCAUUCUCGGUACUGCGCUCGUCUUCGCGAGCUGCUAUUUGUGCCGAGAAUGUGUACUUGUGUGAAGGCUACAACGAGCUGUUUAAUCAUAUUGGGACGGUGAAAGAGGUUACGUUGGCGCCGAAAGAGACGACAUCGAUCAUUCUUUCGAUAUGUACCAACCUCACAGCACCGCAAAAUCAAGCGGCAGGAACUUCUGCUUAUGUGGCGGCCACGGAUUCGUCGGACGAAGAACGUGCGCAUCUCAGUGAGACAUCGUGCUUCGUGCUGUCUGGAAGAUUGGUCUUGCAGCCAUCGUUUGUGGACAGUGCAAUGAGCAGCCUUCGAUCAUUGCCUGCAGAAAUGCUGGUGCCGUUGCAAGGACAAGUGUGUCGCUUGUUACUGCGAUUGGAUGUAAAAGAACUUCAUUUUGACGACUGCGUGCCGGGUGGAUCCUUCGUCAAGGAUUUUACUGUAUGGAAUCGCUCCGAGAUCCCGUUGUUGUUCCACCUGUCGUCGCCGAUGACUCCGUGGAGCGAAAACAAGGGGCUGCUCGUGUGUACGGACUACAACUCUGGUUACGUUAUCGGAGACAAAACGUUGCAAGCUGCUGCUUAUGGGCAUGUUCGGAUUCGCGUCACUUAUCGUCCUACUGAAAUCGGAGAGCGAUUUUUCGAAAUUCAGGCCCAAAACUUGCACGACUCGAGAAAUGUAAAGACUCUGAGGAUCCACGCCAUCACAAACCAAGAACACCACAGGGAAGGACUGUCGAUCAAAGAGUCGAGUGGUUCAUUUCUAAUGAGCGGUAGUCGCUUGGACUUCGGUGACUGUUAUACUGGCAUAGCCAGUUCUAAAACCAUCUUGAUGCGGAACAUGACAGAGGUAGCUUUACAUGUUGAGCUGACGAGCGAUCGACCGAGAGAAGUUACUUUUGAGCUCAAGCUGCAGCAAAAUGGCUCGCGCGUGUCGAGAGCUCCACGCGCUGACGAUGUCGCUUCACCCACUAUUUUAGAUGACGGAUUGAGUCUGGAAGAAUCGAUAUUGCCUGGUGAUGCCAAAGCGUUGCCACCAUUAUUAGACGUAGACGCGUAUGGGCCCGACAGCGACGAAGAGAUCGAUGACAAUGAGGGAGACUUUUACGACGAAAACUUGCAUACGAAGCAAAGCGCCUUCGACGGAAACCCUAUGAAUGAUGUAGAGGACUUAGAUGACGAUUUUGAGUUUGAUCGGGAGCCUCGCGCACUGCUACAAAGUCCUCGUGGAAGCCCAGAGAUGCGCGCAACAAGAGCCGAUGCAGUCCGGCGUGAGGAGGGAUUUCGAAUGAAAGGAGAAAUGUCCACAAACAACACACCUGGCGAUAAAAGUGGUGCUUAUGACAGCGGUAGGGACAGCCGGCACUCAUCCCCUGAACGAAGCAAGUCCCGAAAGCACCAAUCGGUUUCGAUUGAUGAGAAGAAUGCGUCCAAUUUUCUUGUCGAAACGAUUGAUUUGCCGCCUGGUGUCGAGCGAACCAUUUUGAUAUGGUACUCACCUGCUUCAGUCAGCUAUUUGGACGGAUUGAAUGACGAUAAAGCAGACGCAGUGGACCUCAAAGCUGCGCGUUUGACGAAGCAAACGUUCCGCGUUUCAUUCCGGUGUUUUCUCAUGGAAGGCGCGUGGCAACAAGCUCAGUCUCGUGUGUACGACCGGGCACUUGGCAAAUCGGUUCAUGUCCGCGCACGAACUUGCACUUCACUGGUAACCGUGACGCCUUCAGUACUGCAUCUGGGAGAUUGCUAUAUCGGAGAACUGAAGAGCAGCUCUUGUAUACUGACAAAUCAUUCCGAGUUGCCAACGGUUGUAAAACCGUUGGUGACGUCCAAAGUGAUCUCGACUGUGCCAAACGAUGACAUGGUGCUGGGCCCGAAGCAGUCAGUCGAAGUCAAAAUCGAAAUUGUUCCGCGGAAGACUAACUCGAAUUACUCGCGUUUGAUUUCCAUUCUCAACACGAGAAACCAAAACAACAUUCCGCAAAUUUGCGUGCGCUCGAGCAAUAUGGAUGCGCAUCAUGUGAUCUACCACUCGCUGUUCUACAAACUUUUGACCCACUCUAGAUUCGCGUUCCUGAAUUUUGAACACGUGGCGAUCAACUCGGUUGGAAUUCAAGUGUUUGAUUUAGAGAACAUCACGAACGCCCCGCUGCACUUACACGUUAGCAGCUCCGCCCCCUCUAAAAUUCGAUUGUAUUGCAUAAAGCAUACAUUUGCUGACAGGAUAAACCCAGUAGAGUUUGUGGAAGACGACGGUGCGCGUGAUGCCGGAGGCAAGGUGUGUCUUUCGUCCACGUCUACAAACUCGCAAACUAGUGGCGCCGGAUCCCCUGUCAACGUUUUAGCGCAAAGGAGCCAGUCAUCGGUAGGACGGACAUUCUAUCGACGUAGAUCGUUUUGUAGCAUGUCGGAACUGGUCGAUGAAAAAACGAGCUGGAGAAGAGGUAAAUUUACAGCACUUCGGGACUUACGUGCAAAAAAACUGACCGCUUCUUCCGCAUCGCAAAGUCAUCACGCACCAGUGGCCAUGCCUGCUAAGUGCAGCAUCUCCAGAUCGACAUCCACUAUUUUCGAUGGUGGUAAAGGACGGCAAGUUCAGCAUGUCAGUGGAGUUGAUAGGCGAGCGAAAACGCCACAAGGGGCGGCUGUCGAGGAAAAAACGCUGGAUGGGUCGUCAGAUAUGUCAUCAUCUGCACUUGUAGAUUCGCACGAGGACGAAACUUCUUCAGAGGAGGUGGCAGAUCUUUUGGAACUUUUUGCAAAAUCGCGUGCUGAUUGUGAUGCAUACUGCUGCAGCUCUCUGCCCUCUAAAGAGAAAGAGAAGGAGAUUGUAGCUAUGGUUCGGGAGCGCACCAAGCGUCUCCAGACCCUCUUAGCUGAGAAGAAGUUGGUGUUGCUGAAUUCUAACAAGGAGCGAAACGUGCGAGUUCCAGCAAAAUCGCGCCUAAGGAUUGUGUCCGUAUUUAGUCCCGUGGCUUCUGAAACAGUAGAUACGAAGGACGUUGCGAAGACUCGAGUCGAGAGACACAAGAUUUUGAUUACACUACCGCCUGGUGGUAAUAGAGCAGUUGCAGAACGACCGACAUUCGAUCACAGUGAAAUAUCGGAGUGGACAACAAUGAAGCACUCGUUCAAUUCACGACCAUCUGUGAGGGAGUUGCUCCUAAAGAGCCGAGUAUGCCGCUCUGUGAUGAACGUGAACCAAAAGAACAUCAAUUUUGGCCGAAUUUCGACGUCCUCGAAAAAUUCGAAAAGGCUGGUUGUGCAAAACAUGUCCGCUACUCCUCUCGUAUACAGCGUGGAAAAGACAGGCUCGAUUUCGUCAGGAUUUUUACAGAUUAAGGAGGGAGAGGUGGGAGUGGUCAAAGCUUUUGGCACGAAAGAAAUUUGCUUUCAAUUCCAGCCGACGCUGGCUGGCCCUUUUGAAGAGAAAUUGAAAAUUGUUAAUGCACAAGAUGCAGAGAACUCCGUUUCAGUCACCAUCAAGGCCAGGGUUGUCAAGUGUGAAACGUUUAAGCUUUUACAAUCAGGCCAAACGAUUUCGUUCGGAAAGUGCAUUGUAGGUGAGAAAACUGAAAAAGUGAAGAUACCUCUACGAAACACCAGUCGGAAGAAAAGGGAGUAUGUGAUUCAGGUAGAUCAAAGCUUCACGGUCCCAAACUUGCGGCCGACAUUUUACUUCUCAAUUGACGAGACGCCGGCGACAGUCGUAACGCAGGCGCAGGAAAAAAAGUUGGAUGAGGAGCUAGAAAAACUGGAGCACAAGCUGCGCAUUGCGGAAACGAAAAAGAAGGUGGAUAAGAUCGUCAAAUUGAACGUUAAGAUUUCGCAAGUCAAGGCUUUAUUAUCGGGCGGACAAAUAUCGGCGGAGAGUAGCGAGGUGGGAGCGUGUGAUCCGUACGAUAGUGCCAACAGUGAGUCAGAACUUUCUGAGUCCGAAUCGAGUUCACGUUCGCAGCGUCGCCGUUCGAGACACUCUGACAAACACUUUGUGGAUGUGAAAACCGGAGUAUCGUCUCGCACCAACACGUUGCAUUUUUCAUUGGAAGCUGAGGCCACCGGAAAAGUUGUAGCAUAUGCAAUUUUUAAUCCCGUUAAAUCUGGUAAUAACUCCUUAGCUUCCGGAGAAAACGGCAACAAGCGUGAAGCAUGCCAACGUACAGAAGUGAAGAAGCGCCAGCUUCGUCGUGAUGCGACUACCAUUGUGGGAAUGGGAAAGUUUUUGCUUUUCGAACAACAAAAUAAGGAUGUGGUGAAGGAGCUGCAGUACACUGCUGAAAUUUUCUUACGAACACCUGCAGGUGAAAAUGCGUUCUGCCGUGCUGUUGGCCGUAAACCUCCUUCUACCCUUCCUCCGCAUCCCCACAACGGAACGGGGGUAUCUAUCAUGGACGAAAACAUUUUAAAGAGCCGCACAGGAAAACCGCGUGAUGCUAAUGGUGGGUCUGUGUCGCAAGUCGAUGACGUUUCGUCAUCGAUGGCUGCAUCGGUCGAGGCGAAAUCCGCUGUAUCAAAGCGUCGCCAGAAUCUAACGAUCAAGAUACCUGAUUCGGGCAAGAUGGUACAAAAGCUGAAUGUUGACAUUGAUUCCAGUCAGUGUUGUCCAUUUCCUUCUAGCUCAAGCUUGCUGGUACUAGCGGAUGAGUCACCCUCAGUCACUCGUGGCUGGCCGUUGACAUUGACAUUGGGUUCUCCUUCGUUUCAAGGUUCAGCAGUGAUCGAGAUUGUAUGGAAUCCAGCAAGCACGUUCAAAAACGUGAUGACACUUACGUGCAAUACAGUUCUGCUUAAUUUCUUGACUCAAGAUGAUAAGACAGCAAUUUCUGAUGAGGCGGAGACUCGUGGCCGACAUCUGCUUCCUGUUAAAUUGAAUAUUCCUGUUGACCGCACGGUGAGCAUGGACCUAAAAUGGUGUUUUACUAGUGACGCGGGUUACGCACCGUCAACUCCGUUGGCGUCUUGUGUGAGUCGGUCAGUUCUGGAGAGCGUGUCCGAAGCUGCGGAAUUAAACGCAGGUACGAUUGAUUUUUUCUAUUGCUCGUGCAACGCUUCGCCACAAGAGUGUCAUCAGGGUACAACGACGCGCACCCGGAUAUCGUCUCUCAAUGUCGUUGUAUUGAAGACCGCGCAGCGGUCCCUGUGCUUCGAAGACGAAGCAAUUGAUCUGGGCGAGCGCCAGCAAGGAGAAGACAUUCGAGGCGAAGUUGUUAUUCACAACCGAUUACAACAGCCCCUCCAGUACCUUUUGUUGGCUGGGUCUCGAGAUCCGAGUAGCAGCAGCAAACCAUCGUUGGUCUCUCCUUUGCUUGUUGGGGGUGAGUUGACGUUCGAGAAUGCUACAGGAACUGUGCAAGCGGAGUCGUUUGUGAGAGCAACAUUUGUUUACAAGGGCAGUGUGCCAGGGCAGCACAAGGAACAGAUUGUAUUGCGAAAUCUAAGUGGGGAUCGUCUCGACACGUCCAUAUUGACAUUAUCAGUCCGUAUAGUUCGACCAGUGUAUGUCCGGAUUCCCGAGUUGGAUCCACAAGUGACUGGACAAUUAGAAGUUCUGGACUUGGGCCCGUGCUAUGUUACUCCUGAAAUGCAAGACACAGCCGUGGAUAGUCCAAAUGGAUCUUUUCGUUUCAGUAAGGUUCACAAGCUUACGCUGCAUAGCCAAGUCGAGCACACGCUGGUUGUUUGUGCUUCAUCAAAUUUAAAGACUCAGUGCUACGUCUAUGAAGAUGCGCGCCUGCAGCGUGAGGCAACACAUGUUGUAAUGAAAGGAAUGCAUGUCAUUGAUCUUUACGUGGCGAUCCGCCCAAGGCUGUCCUUGGAUGCUAUUAAAACGGGGUCUACUCGAGAGUUGGUGGGUGGAAUUCGCGUCCAGCUUUUUGGACUGCUGGCACAAGAUGACACGCUGGGAGAUGAAAAGAGCGACAUGCUGACCGAGUUCACUGUGAAGUUUGUUGGUGUGGCUGGCGCAAGUAUUGCACAAAUCGCACCAACGCUGAUCGACUUCGGUGUUGAAUACAACAGCGGGCGAAUGCAAACGUGCCAAACGCAUGAGGGUCAUUUUGAAUUGGUCAACAUGAGUAAGGCGCUACCGUUGAAAUAUCGCUUGUACGUCACGAAUGCAACAGAGGGCUACUCGGACGACGACGAUUCUCUCCAUUUAUCAUUAAAACACGAAAAAGGAGAGAUUCCGGCGGGCGAGACCGGGAAGAUUGAGUUCCGAAUGAUGGCGUAUACAAAUGGGCUGUUUCGUCGUCGUAUAAUGGUGGAUAAUAUUAACUAUCCUGGCAACGCACAUUCUGUCGACGUCUUACUCUUCGUGGAUAGUGGCGCACUGAGUUGCGAGGUUGCAGUAUCAGAAUCUGAUGGUCAGAUACGACAGGAGAAGAACGCGUCGGCUUCUCGUAAUGCGCUGAACGAGCCAGUACUGGUGCAAAGUGUUGAUCUGGGACUUAUCAACGUGAUCCGAUUGGAGGAAGAGUUGUCCGACACUACACGUGUUUCCGGCGAUAGUGAUCCUUCAAGUUGCAAGUACCGUAUCUAUGGAAAAUCUGAUGAUGUACCAUUCAUCAAAGCGCGUUCUACUGCAAACAGUCUGUUGUGCCUAUCUGGUGAUAAAACUCUUGUGUUGACAAACACAACUGAUCGGAGAAUAGUAGUGCGCCCGUUUAGUACGCUUCCGAUGACGUUUCGAUGGAAACAAAAAGGCGAUGAUAAUUCCAGCGCCUCAGAAAAAGUAAAUACUCGAUUUGCCUCGAUGGAGGAUGUACGCAGGCUAUGUGUACCACGGCUGGGGAGUGACACUGCGUCACAAAAGACUCAGCAAUCAAGCGUGUCUUAUGGCGAUUCAUCGGCCUUAGAUGCGAACAGCACUGUCCAGCUAUCCUUUCGCUUUGCACCGAUCGCUGUGACUGCGCCACUGCCUAUCGAAACAAUAGAAAGUGGGCAGCUGUGUCCAUUUCGGGGGAUGAUUGGAAUCCAAAGUUUCGAAACCGGCGAGAGUGAGGACGGUGAGGAAGCGUGUACACUUAAAGUGGUGAAUGUUUCAGAGAAUGUAUCUGAUGUGGCGGUAUCGUUUAUACUGGCCAACUUACCAGCAUGCAUUCGUGUGUGCAACGUCUGUGACGCUCGCCGUAUCGAAUCUAAUGACGAGAUAGAUUCCAAGUCGAUCCAGCACUUCCCUUCACUUCGAAUACUUGCGCAGCAUGCCGAGCAGCUGCAUGAGAAUGAACACGGUGUAAGCUGGAAUGCAUGGGGACUGCAGCCUAGAACGACGUGCGUGCUCGAGAUGGAACUAGUAAGAACGAAGGAGUUCCUAGUUGCCGGAAACCACGAGUUUCUACUCCGCUUUUUUAACCUAUGCAAUCCCAGCAAUCGAGAGAAUGUCUUGGUUCGGGCGCAGAUUAUUUCCAGUUACGCAAAAUUGGUGAUCGACCCGGCGAGUGCGGACAAAGGGAUGGAGACGGUAGACUCCAAGGAAGAUCAUGUCGCUUUUCUUCCUCCGGUCACGGUGCCUGCAUCACUGGAAGCGCCCCUUCAUCGUGCCAGCUUCUGGUUUUCGUUGCGAAAUGUGUACGACGAAGAGUUGAGUGUGAGGCUUUCCUCUCAAACACAUAGUCCGUUCGAUCGAACUAUUGAGCUGCUCCUAAUGCUUCGCUCUGCACAUACGCCGUUGAGUUCGAUCGUUAUUUCGCCCGGGGAGUCGGUCGAUAUCCGCGUAGUAUGUCAUGUCUUCCCGGCCGCUCGUCUACUGCCUGACACGUGGCCAUCAGGAAUCAGCGGCGCUACGUCCGACAUUUUGGAUCUGGGACGCGUAUUGCUUCACAUCAAUAUUCGGAAUGCCGAAGAAGCUGCACAACAAAAAGAGAUUCGGGUGAAGGGGAAGUUGUUGCCAGGCAAGACUUUUUUGCUGUCUACAUCUAGCCUACACUUUUUUGCCACCGCAACAGAUUUGCCGGCACAAAUUUCUGCCAGCCAACUGCCGCCGAAUCUAGUAUUAAACGCUGGGGGUCGCAGAGAUUUAUCGCAAACUUUAUCGACUGAAACGUCGCAACAGACGACAACUUGUGUCGUUCACCAGCUACGCAACUCCGCUGAAAGUUUUUGGGUGCGCAAUCCGUCAACGGUGGAUGUGCUGGACUUCGCCAUCAGCCCGGUCUCGAUGUAUCAGCCAGGACUGUGUCUGGUCAAGGGUUCAGCGGAAGCAGACAUGUGUGCCAUGAGUGGAUGGAUUCAAGCCAUAGCAGUUCCCUCAUCGGGCACUAUUGCGCCUAAUGAAUCGCUAAAAAUCACAGUUCGUCUCGAAGAAGCAACUCCUACCAGCGUAGAUCCGUUUCAUGAUGGAAACGAUGACAGUACGCCCGGAAAGAUAGCGUCGCGGCAUACAGUGCGCCGUAAUCCAACCUGGCGGAGUAACUCAUGGGAUGCAGAUGCUCUGGAAACAUUACCAGACGAGGGUGGAUCAUACCACAUGUCCUUGCUUGUGCGUAACAUUGGUUUAAAUUUGGAUACUGCAGUAUCCACAGAAAUCGAUGUGCUGUUAGUAUUACAGCAGCAGAGCUCGUCGAGUGACAACGGCAAUCAAGGUAAUGUCAUUUUAGACACAAACCUUAUUACUACUGCACUAUCAGCUCGCAAUAACCGUCUUGCACAGCCGCGAAAACUGCGUCCAAGACCCUCCUUGAAGACUCACGUUGAAAAUGAGUUUGAUGGGCAAUCAAAAUCGCAUGGUUCGGAUAAUGCUUGCAAGUUUAAUGUUUCUUCAAGUCGUUCAGGGGUGGUGGAGCAAAAUGAUUAUUUACCAGUAUUGGUGAUCCGAGGCUGUACGCCAGCCGAGUAUUCAUCGCUAGAAAAUACGCGAUACUUAAUUGAUGUGGGCCAGCAUACGGUCCGCAACGGUGGAGAAGUUGAGUGGGAGAUCACAAUUGAAAGUCUUUUCGGCAGUGUAGCAGAUGAUGGUCUUGACGCCGUGGAAUACCAUCUCAUGCUCGUCGAUAAGGCUGCCCGAUCGUGGUUGCAGCUCAGUCGUGAGCGCGGUACAUUGGAUAGAGCACAUAGCUACCAGAGCAUCGUGCUUUAUUUUCUUAGGGGUGUUGUGGGAGUGUAUUCGACCUUCCUCGUACUCCAGAAUCUGGCGAACCCGUCUGAUCUAAAAGUGAUUCACGUGAGACUGGAAGUUAUUGCAGAUCUGAAUUCUCUGCGAGGAAUGUCGUCCGAGUUAGACCCAACGAGAAAUCUGUUUCGUGUGCUCGUGUCGAACCAUGGCAGUCCUAAACGGCCUCAUCGGUCCAACAUUGACAUGCCUUCCGAAAAGUCGAGCACUCCGGGCGGUGCGCGACGAUUGAUGAUCGACUUCCGUGAGAUUUACUACUACAAGCUCUAUCAGAACCACUCGAUAGUAAUCGAAAACUCGUCGGGUCUGAGCCUUGACUUCAUGUUGUCAACGAAUGCUAGACCACAAGAAGUAAGCUUUUCCAUCUCACCGAUGUCAUUGAACGAGGUGACUACAGUUACUCUCGGAGCUCAUACAAGUAUGCAAGUAUUCCUGCAUUUUCGUCCCCAACCAAAACAACUGGUUUUGCCUGGAGCUACCGAUGUGGUCGGGGAUGAGCUGAUCGAUCCCUGGGUGCGUGAAAUCGAGGUAUAUGUGAGCUGCCGACUUGUGAAAGAUUUCAGAGAAACCGUCAUUUUGCGCGCCAUUUGCAGCCAGCCUCAGCUGAUGGUGAAUGUGGCGAAUGGUGAAACGAAUGAGUCUCCCUUACAUAGAGAAGCCUAUUUCUCAGCACAGCCAACUUUCCUUGGGUUGGUCUUUCCAAUGCUGGAACCUAUCCUGUCCAGUCCGGAUCUGUCUGCAAAAGCCGCCGAUGAAAUGCAGAAAUUUUUGGUUGUACGCAAUACGAAGAAGGACGCGAAUGCCCGGCUAGCGUUGCGGAACGAUAGUAUGUUUUUUGGCUUGGCAAUUGAUGAAAGCCUGACUCAACCUGGUUCCGCCACAGUAGAUGUACUGGAUCGCGGCGUCUGUGCGGGCCGCAAGCCAACGCUGUUGUUGACCAUACAACCUCAGUGCGUUGUGGUUCUUCGGGUGAAACCUGACGUCGCAGCUUUGUGGAAGCAUCAUCAGCUGUGGGACCAUAGCGUGAAAGAGCACGUCACCCUGUACAACAUCAACCAGUUCGCGGAGCAUUACCAGGUUACACUUUGUUUCACAAGCAGUAAUGUUGCGAGCUUCUACAUCCCACCAAAUAUCAGCGAAAGCUACCCUAUCUCGGCGCUUGAAGAUAUCGUCGCAAAGUUUUUGCAGAACUUUGAGUACACUUGGAAGCGUUUAAUUUCGUUCCGCGAAAAGUUGUCGGAAUCACACGUUUCGCCUAAGAACUCGUCCGGUCAAUCACCGGCAUCAACAACACCAAAGCUGUCUGAAGUUUUGAAUGACCUCGAAGACGCGUUGGAUCUGGCGUCACCCUUUAGCCCUCGCGAUCUCACGCAUAUGGCUUUGCUGAGCUUUGAGGAAGUGACGGGGACUCGAGCUUCGUCUCGUGCAGACGGUUUCGACCAGUUAGUGCAAUUGUAUCAGGCACUGUACUUCGACUUCUACUACAUUACGGACGAACUGGUGUGGUACGGCGUGCGCGGAAAUGCGGUGCGACACAGCCUAGCUCUUGCCGACUUGGCGUAUGGUGUCGUGUUCGACCACGACAUCUUCCGGUCGUAUCUCGCCGAUGCCAAAAGCGAUAUCGAUUCUGCGGAUGUCGUGUCUUUCCCCGGUCUGCUACUACCGUGGGUGCGGCAGCUCGGACACUUCCUGAGCUUCUUCCCGGAAAACCAAGAAGCGACCCAGCCGCUCCGACAGAUCUAUGAUCAACUCCGACAGUUCGACACUAGCUGA